AUGUUGCGAGCAUUCACUAGAUCAUUUACAUCAACGAUUCCUAAAAAGAACUUUGCCAACGGUCAAUUGUUUGGUAGAGUUGGAAAUGUCGACUUUAAAGAGUCAGCCAAUGGAACAAAAUAUGUCAGGUAUUCCUUAGCCGUGAAUAAGUUUAGAAAAGGUGAAGAUUCUAUUACUGAUUGGUACAAUAUCACCAUUUUUGAUGAAGGAGAAUUACAAAAAGCUGAGAAAGCAUUGAGGGUUGGAAACAAGAUGAUUGUUGAUGUAACUUUGAGACUCGACAAAUUUGAAGACCCAGAAACGAAAAAAGUUCAAACCAGAACUUCUCUCAUUCAAAAACAUGCAGAGAUUGUGCAAUGGGGUAAAAGAACAGAUGAGGAUAGAGCCGAAGCUACAGAAUAA